CCAGCAGCCCAAGGGGUCGCGCCGCUUCGCCACCGACUGUCCCGGGCUCCCCGGGCGGUUUUCCACCCCUCUCCCCUCCGACCUCGGGCUCGGGGAGGCGGUAGCGGGGUCUCUCACGGGGCCUGCCUGACCCUGGGAGAGGCGUCGGGGCUCUUUGCAGUAACUCCUUUUAUUCCCUCCCUCCUCUACCCUGCAAGUGCAGCCCGCCCUGUGCUGUGAGACCCUGAUAAUGUAGUCAGAUGGGGCACUGUUUUAAUGAGCAACAGGGGACCGAGUAGCCUAACGUCGGAUCUUUCGCACGGUCCACGUCACUGUGCCUCAAAGGGCAUCUCACCUGCUGGUCACCCUUAACAGGUGUGCAGGCUGGGAUGCCCGCUUGCAAGGCUUCUAGUUGAUAGGCACCCUGAGGUGCGGCUCAUCUGAGUCUCAGUACAUACUCAUCAGGCACUUGAUGUGUUUGUUCGUGAGCCCAACUUUUGAAGACAGAUGCACCCAAUUCAAACAAGACAACGACAAAAAAAUAAAGUAAAAACCCAGCUCUUUAGAAUCGUUUCGUGACCUUGUGCAGUAGACGGCUGUUUUGUUUUUACAACUGCUCAAGCUUUGACAUACAAGAUGAAGCAAGAUGCCACAAGCAAUGCUACCUACUCUGUGGAUUGUGAAGAUUACGUGCAUGUGGUAGAAUUUAAUCCCUUUGAGAGUGGGGAUUCGGGAAACCUAAUUGCAUAUGGUGGCAAUAAUUACGUGGUCAUUGGCACAUGUACCUUUCAGGAAGAAGAAGCAGACGUUGAAGGAAUUAAGUAUAGAACACUGCGAACAUUUCACCACGGAGUCAGAGUGGAUGGCAUAGCUUGGAGCCCAGAGACCAGACUUGAUUCAUUGCCCCCAGUAAUCAAAUUUUGUACUUCAGCUGGUGAUAUGAAAAUUAGAGUGUUUACUUCAGAUCUUCAAGAUAAAAAUGAAUACAAGGUUUUUGAGGGCCAUUCAGAUUUCAUUAAUGGUUUGGUGUUUGAUCCCAAAGAAGGCCAAUCAAUUGCAAGUGUGAGCGACGAUCAUACCUGCAGGAUUUGGAGCUUGGAAGGAACACAGACAGCUCACUUUGUUCUUCAUUCCCCUGGAAUGAGUGUGUGCUGGCAUCCCGAAGAAACUUUUAAGCUGAUGGUUGCAGAGAAGAAUGGAACAAUCCGAUUUUAUGAUAUUUCGGCCCAACAGGCUAUUUUAUCUCUUGAAUCAGAACAGAUGCCAUUAAUGUCAGCACACUGGUGCUUAAAAAACACCUUCAAAGUCGGAGCUGUUGCAGGGAAUGAUUGGUUAAUUUGGGAUAUUACUCGGUCCAGUUACCCUCGAGAAAAGAGACCUGUCCACACAGAUGGAGCCUACUUAUUCAGGUGGUCCACAGCUAAUGAACACUUAUUUGCUACCACUGGUUAUCCUGGUAAAAUGGCAAGCCAAUUUCAAAUCCAUCAUUUAGGACACCCUCAGCCCGUCCUCACAGGUUCUGGAACCGUUGGAUCUGGCCUUUCCUGGCAUAGAACUCUCCCACUGUGUGCAAUUGGAGGAGACCACAAGCUGUUAUUUUGGGUGACUGAAAUGUAAAAUAAAUUUUCUGGAUACCUUAGAUCCAUAAACUUUGUAUUUUUAGUACAUAUUUUGGAGAAUUCCUUAUUUUUAUACCAAAUAUACUGUAAGCUCUAGAAAUAUCACAAUUGUUGUUUUUAUUAAAUAAAAUGUUGAUGGUUUGAAAAAUUA